CAUUUUAUGAAUCUGAUCCAGUUGAUUAUGGUGAAGACAGUGAAGUAGAUCUAAUUAAUGUCCCAAAAUCCCCUGUAAAUCACCCCGAAUUAAUUGAACUUUUUGGGAAUUCUGCUGAAGAAAUAAAUGAGGAAUAUUUGGAAAAUGAAAUUAGGGAAAAAUCAAAGUUUAUAGAAUGGGACGAGCUAAGUAAUAUUUCAAAACUUAGCGAAGGUUGCUUUGGACUCAUAUUCAAAGCAGUUUGGAUAAAGACGCAUAAUAAUGUCGUUUGUAAAGCAUUGAUAAAUUUACAGGACAUAAACGGUAGAUACUAUACAGCGUUUAUUCAUGAAUUAACAAUACAUAGUAGAGCAGAUCGUUGUGAAAAUAUUGUUCGAUUUUUGGGAGUCAGCAAAGAUAUUACCAAUAGUCGAUAUUUCCUUAUAAUGGAAUAUGCAAAUGGUGGAAAUUUACGGGAAUUUAUUAAAACAAAUAAUCACUUAUUGAAUUGGGAUAAAAGAUUGGAAUUAGCCCGUCAGAUCACAAAAGGGUUAGGUUAUUUGCAUAGUGAAAAAAUUAUUCACAGAGACCUGCAUGAUAAAAACAUUGUCAUCCAUGAUGGCAAAGCAAAAAUAACUGAUUUUGGAAAUGCUAUAAGUAUUAAUACACAAACAAAUAUACAUGACAGUCUUUUUGGAAUGAUUCCAUUUGUAGCUCUUGAAUUACUUAAACAUGCCAAAUCUGAUAAUAUACCAUAUUGCAAAAAAACAGAUAUCUAUAGUUUUGGCGUGAUAUUUUGGGAAUUAUCUAGUGGUCGUCCACCGUUUGAAGAUCAACUAAAGAUUUCUAUAGCUAUCAAACUCGUUCAAGGCUUUAGAGAAGAUGACAAGUACGGAACUCCUGAAUAUAGGAAUCUUUAUAUUAAAUGCUGGAACGCUGAUCCAUAUAAACGUCCAGAUAUUGAAGAGGUGCACAAAUUGUUAGAAGAAAUCGUAAACUCUAAAAUAUUGCCAAAGAUUGACCCCCGUACUAUUAAUCCCGAUGAUUCAAACCUCGAAAACCUAUAUCUGUCAAUGACAGAGGCGAUUGAAUUACCAGAAUUAAGUCUUUCAAAUAAGGAUUAG